UUCUUUAUUUUCUUUUUAUUUUUUGAGCUGUAGCUUUCUCUUACCAUCCGUUAUUUUUGCUCUUUAAUUCCAUCAUCACUGCACCAAUUUCUCUCCUUCUUCUUCCUCCUCGGCUGCAAAUGGCGAGAGGAGAUAAAAGAAUCAUGAAGAGGCUAGUAACUCUCAUAUUAAUUGUUUCAUUGAGUCAUGUUGUUCAACAUUGCGCGGCUGAUAAUAUUGGACAAUGCAAAUCUAAUGGGCCUCUCAAACCCAGGCCUCACAGUGUAUCUAUCUUGGAAUUUGGGGCAGUUGGUGACGGGAAAACACUAAACACGAUUGCCUUUCAAAAUGCCAUUUUCUAUCUCAAGUCCUUUGCAGACAAAGGUGGUGCCCAACUCUAUGUUCCAUCCGGUAAAUGGCUUACUGGAAGUUUCAACCUUACAAGCCACCUUACUCUCUUCCUGGAAAAAGAAGCAACUAUUCUUGGAUCACAGGAUAUUGCCCACUGGGAGGUUGUUGAUGCCUUACCAUCGUAUGGACUUGGUAUUGAACUUUCAGGUGGUAGAUAUCGAAGCUUAAUUACCGGAAAUAAUCUAGUUGAUGUUGUAAUUACAGGUGACAAUGGAACUAUUGAUGGUCAGGGUUCUGUGUGGUGGGAGCAGUUUAGUUCCCAUUCUUUAAAUUAUAGCCGACCACACCUGGUGGAAUUCAUAAGCUCCAAAGAUGUGGUGGUUUCAAAUCUAACAUUCUUGAACUCCCCGUCCUACAACAUACAUCCUGUAUAUUGCAGUAAUGUCUUGGUUCAAAAUGUAACAGCUUAUGCAUUACCAGAAUCACCUUCCACUAGUGGAAUAGUGCCAGAUUCCUCAGAGUAUGUAUGCAUUGAGAAUAGCAACAUUAGUGUGAGUUAUGACGCUAUUGUGCUAAAGAGUGGCUGGGAUGAAUAUGGAAUUGCUCUUGGGAAACCAACCACAGAUGUCCACAUUCGGGACGUUCGCCUUCAAUCUACUACAGGCGCAGGUUUGGCUUUUGGAAGCGAGAUGUCCGGUGGCAUCUCCAGUGUUCUGGUAGAGAAGCUAGAUCUACAUGACUCGUUUAUUGGGAUUGAAUUCAAGACAUCAAUUGGUAGAGGUGGUUUUAUAGAAGACAUAUAUAUAUCAGACGCAAAAAUCAAGGAUGUUAAGACGGCUAUCCUGGCAACAGGUCAGUCCGAGUCACACCCAGAUGAUAGUUAUGAUCCUCAUGCACUUCCCGUUGUCAAAGGCAUAACCUUUAAAGACAUAGUUGGCAAAAAUGUUACCAUCGCAGGCAAUUUUUCUGGGAUUCCUGAAUCUCCUUUUACGUCAAUUUGUCUAUCAAAUAUUUCCUUCACCACUACUACAUAUGCAUCUGCUUCAUGGCUAUGUUCAGAUGUGUCGGGUGCUUCAGAAAAUGUGAAUCCCGAUCCAUGUCCUGCGCUCCAGAACUCGUAUUCUUCUCCUUCCUCCGUCUGUUCUCUCCUAUUCUACCCAAGCAGUCAUGCUGCAGUCUUAUGAUGCCUAUACCUGAAAUCACAUUAUUUAUCACAAACAAAUCUGUACAUUAUGAAAUUCUCAUCACCACAUCAAUCCAUUUUAGCUCUUAAUCUCCAAUAAGAAGCAGCACAGAUUGCUUCAUACCAUACCCCCCACUUAAACAUACGGUCCCAGUCGUUGUCUUGCUACAUAUUUCACCUAAAUCAAAUUGUCAUUUGGCAGUCAGUUGCAUGUGUACAGCCUUGCUUUCUUCAUUCUGUGAGAAAAAUUUUGGUAGUGCAAUAUGAUUUAGAUCAAAUUGUAAUUCAUUUCUAUAUUAAUUAAUCCCACGUUCUUUCAUUUUCUUUUCAGUUUAAA